AUGUUUAUUCAUGCGCAAACGGACAUCCAGAUUCUCUCAUUCCACACACUACGCUCAACACGUGCGAGAAGUUGCUCUUUCCUAACGGGAAAGUGGAGUCCAACUGAGGUGGUCCCGUACAAUUUUAGCGGCACGUGGUCUUUGACACGACGGACCUCCGCCACGGAACAGAUGCCGCGGUAGAGGCAUGCGGUCCGUGUCGGCGUGGCAUUUCCUCUCGUCCGUUUGUGUUGUCUGUCCAAACUGUGUGACGUCGCUGUAAAGUUUCUUCACUUCGUAGGAAUCUGAAUUCCUUGGACUGUUUGUGUACGUUACGGUUCCCCUUUUGCUGUGCCUUCGGGAUCGCAUGGCCUAUCAGAGGCGGAGAGCGGCAGCAUGUACAAUAGAAGUGUCUCGUGAUCUUUUCUCUCCUGAAAGAAACUUGCAUGACAAUUUUUCGUCUCUGGCGAUAACAAUGGCAUUCCGCACUGUUUCCAAAGUUCUCCCGACCCUAAGUCACUGUUUCCCAGGUCCCCUGUCGGUUGCUGCGUCGUCGUCUUUGCCGGGUCAUUCUAAAGGGGAGGAGUCUGUCCCAUGUCGCGUUCACCGUUCGUUUCGACUUUCUCCCGUAGCAGAUCACGAGGCUGAGGCGCUGAGUGGCAGCGGUAACGACACCUCAGGUUGUUCUCAGAGAGAUCGUUUCUGCGCAGGAAACGGGUCAGACUGCAAGGCUCGACGCACAUCUGACGGAAACGGCUCCCCUCCUACCAAUGCACGCAUGUCCGAAAAGCUUUCUCUGUUCAAGAACCAUGCGUAUUCCUGUCUCGAGCAGCGUGCGUGCCCCGCGUCCAACCGAAAUCUGGGCGACACUGCUGCCUGCCCUCUCUCUGCCUUUUGUCGCUCGCUGGUUCGCCGAACACCCUCCCGGUUAUGGCUUCCGCCCCAAUGUUCUCUGCUGUCAGGCUGCUCCGCUAGGUCUUGCCCUCCUAAGAUCUCAGUCCGAGCGACUAACGGUGCCUCUGAACAGGCCUCCUGGCAAGACUUUCACCCCGCGUUGGGCCGGGCUGUCGUGCCGCUGUCCUUGUCUGGCAGGGGCACCGCAGGCACUCACCUAGUCAGAAAGUUCGGAACUCAGCGCGUGGUUCAGAAGCGUCGUCACCAAAUGCGAAUUCUUCACCCUGCUCAAACGGCGUACGUGCCGGUUGAGCAGCGCCCACCGCCCAUUCCCCACUCUCUUACCGCGUCGAGCACUGUGAAAAGACUCUUGAACAAUAACACCGUAGCAGCCAAGGAGGCCGCGAAGCGCAUCAACUGGGGCGCCUACAUUUCCCACCAGAGAGGUGUGCGGUGGCACCCCCAGGGUGCGUGGCGCGUGCAGUUCUCUAGACGGAACCACGAACGAAAUUUUUUCGUUCGCUGCGAGUGUUACUUCAGGGUCGGCACCUAUGGCUUCCAGAUGGCGAAAGACCUGGCCAUACGGUAUCGGCAGCGUCUCGAGAAAGAAUGGGAAGAGCUUCAGGAGCAGUGGACGAAACUUGAUAUUCUGGAGGCUGAACAGCGGGCGAAGUACAAGGAGAAGAGGGAGGAGCAUCUCCUCCUAGGCGCCGGCGAGGAACCGGAGCUCCACUCUCGGAGAAGCAAAUAGGCAGGCUGGGGAAACGCGUGGGUGAGGUUCGGAGGGUGCUUUAAAACUGGCUACGGGUGCACGUUUUUUCACUGGACUGCGACUGUGGUAAAUAAGCUGUUGUGGGGUUCUUUGCUCUUGACACGACUCUGAAUUCCCACUUCGAAGCGGGUCGAACGCCCGUUCGUGACAGCUCGUGUCAUUGUCACCCGGUAUAUGGUAGCGGGAUUGUGCUGUUGACCUCGAAUGGAUCCUUUCUGGACGCGCUAGCAUUAAGGAGUGCCUUCUGUUCGUUGACGAGGUGCGUGUCUCCCCGGGUCACCGUGCAGUUACCGAAUGAGCACUCUCCUGAAUUGUGUCCGUGGCACCGUUCAUCUUUGUUGCCUUCAAGUAUGUGAAAAGGCCCGUAAGCGGUGAUGACACGGGCUGCCCAUAAUGAUGCAUGUUACACGGAUGGCACAAGCUGCGGUUAACCUAGUAGAUCGUAAGCGCGUUUGUUCUACCUUUUCGGUGACAUGACGGGAGAGUGUCGGCAUGAAAAAAUCCAUUUUGGUUUCAAGUGAGUAUAGGCUGCACCAAACUGAAGUUUCCACUUGUUGUUCAGGAAGACAAAUGAGGUUUACGCAGGACAUACGUGUGCACUUUACAUGG